AUGGAGGAAAGCUUUGAUCACGAGUCACUUAACGAAGAAGAAUUUAAUGGCGAAAUGACGGAUGCGGGUUAUGAAAAUGACGAAGAUGAAGGUGAUCUUGACAUGAAAGACAUUGGGGAAGAAGCAUGGCUAAUCAAGUUACCUUUGUUUCUCUACGAGAAAUGGGCUGAUCUGGAUGAUGAGUCCUUAGAACUUGCGAGAGUUAGAGUCUACUCUCAACAGCAACCCUACGGACCAGAUCAAUAUAAACUAGUUAUAGCCGAGAAUGAUCUACAUAAAGAUUUGCCCAAAGAAUAUGAACUCGACAUCAUAAAUCAAGGCGUCCCUGAUUCGUACUGUUUUUGUCAAGAUGUCAAUGCCGAUACACUCGUAUCUCUUUCGGGCACAAUUAAAGCAACUUUUAACAUGAAGCCCAGUGCAAAUGAUGUAGAAUAUAAUAAGAAGCUACGUGAAAGAACAAUGCUGGCUUCAAAACCUGAAAGAACAAUCAGGAUUCUUGAGGAAGAGGAAAGUCGUGGUGCUUAUGUUCCACCUGGUGGCUCUUCUGCUGCUGUAACAAAAUUCAGCAAUCUAGUACAAAAAAAAGCAAAAGUUACUAUGGAACAGAAGACUACGCGUAUUCCCAAACACGAGCUUUUGGAUUUACUUUUCGGCGCGUUUUCAAGAUACAUGUAUUGGAGUUUUCGUGGUCUGAAAGAUUAUGCAAAACAACCCGAGUCUUAUCUUAAAGAAGUAUUGAGUGAAAUAGCUGUCUUAGAUAAGAAAGGUCCUUAUAACAAUUGCUACCAUUUGAAGCCGGAAUACAACCAAAAAGAGUCUGCAUCAAUAUCAAUAGCACCACAAGGUUUAGAGGCGCCGACUGCAAAUGUCGGUAGCGGUGAUGAACAACCCGAAUUUGAUGAUGAUGAUAUAAUGUUAGAUCAACCAAAUUCAGCUGAUGAAUUGUUUGGAUACGAUGAUGAUGAUGAUAAGUAA